UUACAAAACUAAAUGAUAGUGAUUAGUGAAGCUUACAACAACGGACGCGUUGAAUUCAACCUCACUGAAACGUAUAGCCGAAACGAAAUUCUUGAAAAUCAAUAACGAGUUUAGUCGCGCCAACUAAUUUCAUAUACAAAAUGGAUUUCUUUUUUGUUAUAUGUUCCACGCUUUUUUUAUUAUUCAUCAGCUAUCUACGCCACAAAUAUCAAUAUUGGGAGCAACGUGGUGUGCCUCAGCUGCAAAUGAAUUUCUUCUAUGGAAACUUCUUCCGCAUAAAAACCAUGCAUAAAACAGAAAUCUUCCACGAAGUCUAUAAAAAGUUUCGUGGUAAAGCAAAAUUAGUCGGUACAUACGUUUUUACCAAACCUGUAGCCGUUGUGCUGGACUUAGACUUGGUGAAGUCUAUAUUAAUUAAAGAUUUCAAUAAAAUCGCCGAUCGUUUCGAACAACGUAAAGGCAGUGAGGGCAUUCUCCAUCGUCACCUGCUUCGUCUGGAUGGCGAAAGGUGGCGUCCAUUGCGCACGAAACUCACACCGACCUUCACAUCGGCCAAAAUGAAGUUUAUGUUUCCCACGCUGGUGACGGUAGCACAACAAUUGGAGGAGGCUUUCAGCAAACAGUUGACCAAAACAUCGAGUGGUGACGUUGAACUACACGAUUUAAUGGGUCGCUUUACAACCGAUGUGAUUGGUCAUUGUGUCUUCGGUGUUGACUGCAAUAGUUUGAAGGAUCCGAAUGUGGUAUUUCGUCGCAUGGGUCGUCGCAUUUUUUAUCCAAAAUAUUUCUCCAUACGUCUACAUAUAUUUAUGACUACAUAUCCCGCUCUCUUCAAAUAUCUGAAAUUUUUCAAUGUCCAGGAACAUUCAAAAGAUCUCGAAGAUUUUAUGGUGCAACUUGUAAGUGAUACAGUACGGUUGCGUGAAGAACAAAACAUACACCGUAACGACUUCAUAGAUUUGUUAAUUGAGUUGAAAAAUUCCAAAGAUACGAAAGGUAUGUCUCAAAUGAGUAUUGAAGUGAUGGUUGCGCAGGUUUAUAUUUUCUUUGCUGCGGGCUAUGAGACCAGUUCUAGUAACUUGAGUAACGGGCUAUAUGAAUUAGCGAAGAAUCCGCACGUACAGGAGAAGCUGAGAGCGGAAAUUAAAAGCAUUCUUGAGAAACAUAAUGGCGAGUUGACAUACGAAGCCAUGAUGGAGAUGACAUAUUUGGAUCAAGUUAUAACGGAGACUCUACGUAAGUAUCCAGCAAUUGGCGCUCUCACCCGUGUCUCCACUGACAACUACAAAAUACCCGAUACGGAUAUCACACUUGAAAAGGGCACACAUAUCUACAUUCCCGUGACAGGGAUCCAUAAUGAUCCAGCUAUCUAUGAUAAUCCUAAGGAAUUCCGCCCGGAACGCUUCCACCCGGAUGAAAUGCAAAAGCGCCACCCUCAGGCUUUUCUCGGUUUCGGUGACGGACCUCGUAAUUGUCUUGGUCUUCGCUUUGGACGUAUGCAAGUGCGCGUUGGCCUCAUAACUCUGCUCAAAUCAUAUCGCUUCAGCUUAACCGAGAAGACACCAAAAAAAUUGGAGAUUUCUAAAAAUCAUCUCGUGCUCGUGCCAAGUAGCAAAGUGUGGUUGAAGGCAGAAAAAAUAUAAAGCUAGGCGAAUGUAUUUAGUAAUAGUAUAUUUUACUUUUUAUGUUUAUGGAUUUGUAUAACUUCUUUUAAGUAGUUUUCGACUCAGAGAAUUGAGAUUUACUAAUACAUAUUGAGCUAUUGUCUGUCUAGUUAAUAUAACAGGCAUUUUUCAGGGAUGUGAUUCGAUACCAAUUCAGUUUGAAGUAGUUGACGAAUGAUCUGUGUAUAUAUCUAAAACUAAAAUUGUCAAAUAUAUUCUGUUCUUUGUAAAAUUUUCAAUAAAGUUAAUUUUGUGUAAUAAUGCA